CAUUCGAUCGGACUUGAUUGUCGCGGUGAAUAAAUGCGCUUGCGCAUUUUGUUAUUUCGUUUUAUACGCCUGCGCAUACCAUUACUUUUGGCGCACAAUUAAUAGAUUUGUUGAAUUAUCAAGAUAGGAUUGCGAAUUAUAAGUGAAAAUAAUCUGCGAUUCCGAUCUUGCGGUUUUUUCUUGAAACUAUUUAAACAAUAGUGUUUGUUAUUCAUAUAUUUUAUUCGGAAAUUGUUUGCAUUUUUCUAACUUUAACGAGUUUUCUAAUAGGUGAAUAUUAUUAUGUGAAGAGAAAGAUGCCGUUUUUUUCAUCAUAUUAUAGAUAAUAAACUUCUUCAUCUUCUAUUAAGAUGAUAAUUAUCUAUUCUUCACUGAAAAAAAGACAGAAAAAAAGAGAGAGAGGAUUAACAUAUCGUUUGAUAAUAAUGAACUAAUUAAAAAAAAUAUCUAUUAUGGCGGUUAUAUUUCGGAAAUAUUUAUCGAUUAGUAGUUUGAAGGUCUCAUGAAAUCAUUGGAUCCAUGCACACAUACAGUGAUAUUGCAUCUCUCAUAACUUUAAAAUGGAAGAUCAAUCGCAGAAUAAUAAAAGAUUAUCGAUAAGUCCUAUUUCAUCUUUCAUCGACGAUGCUGAUCUGAGCAUGGGUGCAGGCGCAGCUGGAGGCUCAGUUCUCACUUUGUCAGGAUCGGGAGUAGGUGGUGUACUUUCACAACAUUGUGCUAUCUGUGGUGAUCGCGCAACUGGAAAACAUUAUGGUGCUGCUUCUUGCGACGGUUGUAAGGGUUUCUUUCGACGAUCAGUUAGAAAAAAACAUGAAUACACUUGCAGAUUUAGUAGAAAUUGUAUAAUAGACAAAGACAAAAGGAACCAAUGUAGAUAUUGCAGAUUAAGAAAAUGUUUCAAGGCUGGCAUGAAAAUGGAAGCCGUACAAAAUGAAAGGGAUCGUAUAAGUUGUAGAAGGCCAAGUUACGAAGAACAAAGUAACAAUGGAAGUGGACUCUCUGUUGUUUCUCUUCUUCAAGCAGAAAUGCUCAGUAGACAAGUUGCCUCUCUUGAGCUAGGCAGUGAGAUCGACUUAAGCACGAAACAAAUUGCCAAUAUAAAUGAUGUUUGCGACAGUAUGAAGGAACAACUUCUUGUCUUGGUUCAAUGGGCUAAAUACAUACCAGCUUUUAGUGAGUUAACCCUUGACGAUCAAGUAGCCCUUCUGAGGGCACACGCAGGUGAACAUCUACUCUUAGGUGUUGCUAGACGCAGUAUGCAACUUCAGGAUGUUCUUCUUCUUGGAAAUAACUGUAUCAUCACCAAAAACUGCCCUGUUAUAUCAUUGUCCGCAGAGGGCCGUAAUCAGGAUUUGGACAUCAGCAAGGUUGGAAUCAGAGUAAUGGAUGAACUAGUAAAGCCCUUAAAUGAAGUGCAAAUCGAUGAUACAGAAUUUGCUUGUUUAAAGGCUAUUGUUUUUUUCGAUCCCAAUGCAAAAGGCUUAAGUGAACCACAACGAAUCAAGCAAUUGCGUUAUCAAAUUCAGAUCAACUUGGAGGAUUAUAUAAGUGAUCGACAAUAUGACAGUCGUGGUCGGUUUGGUGAGAUCCUCCUAACGUUACCAGCUCUGCAAUCCAUCUCUUGGCAAAUGAUUGAACAAAUUCAAUUUGUCAGACUAUUUGGAGUUGCACAUAUUGAUAAUUUGUUACAAGAAAUGCUUUUAGGUGGUGCAACAGCAGAAAUAAAUGGUGUUGCAACUCCAGUUCCAAUUUCAAAUGCCUCUGGUAGUUAUGUAAGCAGCAAUGAAAGUCCAAGUAGUCCUUUGACUCCAACCAAUGUACCUCCAUUAAGUCCUCAAGAUCAUAUGUUGGCUAGUGGAAGUCCUGUUAUAAUUUUGAGGGAUCUUACACCCAUUCAGAAUCAAGAAGAUGUAACUAGUGUGACUGGAUUUAGAAUGUUUAAACAGGAGCCUAGUCUUGAAAGUGAAUCAACAUUUUAA